AGCGAGCUGGAGGGUCUGCCGGGCUUUCGGGACAUCGUGAACAUGGGGGUGAAGGUGGAUUACAUGACCCCGGACUUCCCCAGCCUCUCCUACCCAAAUUACUACACACUGAUGACGGGUCGCCACUGUGAGGUCCAUCAGAUGAUUGGAAACUACAUGUGGGACCAAAAGACAAAUGUAUCUUUCGAUAUUGGUGUGAAUAAAGAAAGCCUGCUGCCUCUCUGGUGGAAUGGAUCGGAGCCUUUGUGGGUCACAAUGAUGAAAGAAAAAAAGAAUGUUUCCAUGUACUACUGGCCAGGUUGUGAGGUCGAAAUCCUUGGAGUCAGACCAAGUUAUUGCCGUGAGUACUUCAGUGUCCCAACAGACAAAAACUUCGCAGAUGCCAUCAGCGAUGCUCUUGAGUCUUUGGGCAACGGCAGCGCCGAGAUGGCUGCAGUGUACUACGAGCGCAUCGAUGUGGAAGGCCACCACUACGGCCCUUCAUCUCAGCAGCGGAAGAAAAAAGACAAAGCCUUGAGCAACAUGAUCACACUCAUCAGGGUGAGUGGCAUCCAAAACCCCAGCUCCUGG